AUGGACAAGGGCGUGGCUGGCCACGUUGCCACCACUGGGGAGGUUCUCAAUAUCCAGGAUGCCUAUGGCGACAUCCGAUUUAACCGGGAUGUGGACCUUCAGACUGGCUACAGGACCAAGAGCAUACUGUGUGGAGUGGUUCAGAUGGUGUCUGAAAACAAGAUGAGUGGACCUUUCACCAGGGCAGACGAGGAAGCCUUUGAAACCUUUGCUAUAUACUGUGGACUGGCACUGCAUCAUGCAAAGCUGUAUGAGAAGAUUCGGCGUUCAGAACAGAAGUACAGGGUGGCACUGGAGGUGUUGUCCUACCAUAGUCAGUGUUCAGAGGAGGAAAUGAGGUCAAUCCGCUCCAGAAAAGUACCUCAUGAUAUGCAUGCAAUCACCAGUUACACCUAUUCCCCUUGGGGUGUUGACAAUGAUGAGAAGCCGGUGUAUGUUCUCUUCAUGUUCAAGGAUCUGUUUGGCACAAUGAGGUUUGACACCGAUGCUCUGAUUCGGUUCACCCUGACUGUGCGGAAAAACUACCGCAAUGUACCCUACCACAACUGGGUUCAUGCGUUCUCGGUGGCUCACUCCAUGUAUACAGUCAUCAAGCGGGCAGACCACCAGUUCACUCCACUUGAGAGCCUUGCACUGUUUGUGGCAUGCUUGUGUCACGACUUGGAUCAUCGCGGGAAAACCAACGCCUUCAUGGUGAAGAGUGCAUCUCCCUUGGCAGCAAUCUACUCCACCUCCACCAUGGAACAUCAUCACUUCAACCAAACAGUGGCAAUACUACAGCAUGAAGGCCACAACAUCUUCAGACACCUUUCCUCAGAAGAGUACAAGAAGGUUCUUGGAGACAUCAGGCACUGCAUUCUUGCAACAGACCUGGCACUGUUCUUUGGCAACAGAGCCAAGUUAAAGGACAUUGUGGAAAGGAAGGACUUUUCAUGGGAGAUACAAGAGCACAGGCGGGUGUUACGUGACAUUGCCAUGACAUCGUGUGACCUUUGUGCAAUGACAAAGCCAUGGGAGGUUCAGGCGGAAACAGUCAAGGUCAUUUAUGAGGAGUUUUAUGCACAGGGAGAUGAGGAGAAGGAACAGGGCAUGACCCCAAUGGCAAUGAUGGAUCGGGACAAGAAAGAUGAACUGCCUCAGCUUGAGGUGGGCUUCAUUGUUGGAAUAUGUUUGCCCUGUUAUGAGUUGCUGGCCCAGAUUCUUCCCGAGACAACACCAAUGGUUGAUGGAAUAAGAGCAAACUUAAACAAAUGGAAGGAACUGGCUGAGAAAGCCAAGGAAGAAAACGAAGCAGAGAAGGAAGUACUUCAGGAAACUAAGUCAAAAGUAAAAAGUGCUGACUAAGGACAAAAGAGAAGCUUUCCCAAUGGACAGAAUUACAAAUGGUGAUGACCAUUGUGUGACGCAUUGAUGGGCAUGAAUAUCUUGCUGGAACCUGGACUGACUGCCAUUAUGUCAUUUAGUAUGGACACAGUACCUGUGAAGACCUGCAUGGCUCAACUGAAACACUCAGUCUGGGGUGAAUAUGCAGGAGGCAUAGAACUUGUUCAGCAGGGGAUUUAGAUACAGUACAGUUUACUGAAAAUCAUUGACAAGACUUUUAUUGUGCUUAGUGAAUGGUGUUCAUCAUGGAUGCCAAAACACGGGACACAGACAGAAAGUGAAGAGGACAUAUUGCUGUGGUUAAGUACUGAGCAAGAUCUUUACCAGAACACAAUGUUUUAUAAACUACAUGACAUCUUUUGUAGGGGAUAUGUGGGUGUUUAAAGUGUUGGAACAUAGAACUUUUGCCAGGAUGGCUCUAUGAAUAAUAUACCUCAAAGGCAUGAUAUUCUCACUUUAGGAACUGGAGGAUGACAUUACUAUCCGACUUGCAUACCAGUGUUUCAUAGUGUUUCCUACUUUAUCUUUUGCUAAUGCAAAAAAAUAUAGACAUCAUCACGUUGCAAUCUGGAUUGCAUCAAAGGCUGACUGGAGAGCACUGGUCCCUUGUAUGUAUGAGGAUUUGAAGAGGAUGUCUACAGGACAAUCAACUUAAGUAUCUGUGUCACCUGUUGUGAUAUGACAGUAGGUAACUAACCCUUUUUAAUGUGGAUCACUUCCAAGACUUUCUUGGUGAGCAGUGGUCCCUUUUAUGUAUAGGGCUUUGAACAGGAUGCCUACAGGACAGUCGACUUAGGUCAUUGUGUCAAUUGUUGGAGAAGGGAGUUAGAAAUGAGUGUCAUGUUGUUAAAUGACAAUGGAACUGCAGCUUGUCCUUGUGACAGAGAAUGAUGGAGAGAACUGUGAUGUGAAGGGUUUCACCAAGUGGUAUAGGUCCAUGAUUAGUUUCCUGUUUGGGGGCAGUGGGGUAGCCUAGUGGUUAAAGCGUUGCCUCUCCACGCCGAAGACAUCGGUUCGAAUCCCUUCAUGGGUACAAUGUGUGAAGCCCAUUUCAAGCAGACAUAUUGUGAUAUGACUGGAAUGCUGUUCAAACCCAACUCACUGACUCAAACAAUGUGAAGAAGGUACUGAGGAGCUCUUCUGAUCUGGAAUCGUGGUUGGAGAUACGUGUCAUCUUACCACAGAUGUUCAGUUUAAGUUUGUUGGAAGUGACACAUGACAUGUUGUGCAGUUUACCAAUGAUAUUAGAAUAUUUUGAUUGACUUGCAACAUGAAUGAAGGUUGGUUUUUAAAAGCUCACAGUAGUUGUACAGUGUAUGUAUGGAAACCUGAAACUAUUCAGCUGUUGGAAAAUAAUUGCAAGAGAAUACAUUAUCAUUCAGGAUAACUUUUGUGAAUCAAUAUGUACUUUCUUUUGAGCUUUAAACUAUGCGACAAUCAAAUAACAGAUUCCAUUUAAACCAAGUAUUUCAUUUGAAGAAUUGAAGGAUAUGUUCACUGGACAGUUCACCUGUGUCACCAGUAUGAUACAAAUUUUGUAUUGCGUUGCUCAUGUCAUCCUUUUCUAAUAGUUUGUAAAUCAACAAUUAUGAGUUUUGAUUUUCAUGACAGUGAAAUAGACGUCUCAAAUUUAACAUCCUCUUGCUUUUAGAAAAGUAUACAACUUUAUGGAUAACAUCUUCUUAUUUGAUUGAGUAAUUUUCAGUGUAAAGUCUUACACCAUUAUCAAGUUAAAUGUGAAACUGAGUUAAUUAAAAAUCAAAUAUAAGUCAGCCCAUCUAAUAAACAAGCAUUGGUAUCUA